AUGCUACCGUCGAGUACUAAUGCUGUGAAAUCUAGACCCUAUGAGCAAAGUCCAAUUACGCAAUCAACCAAUGAUAUAGAAUGGUUGCAAUGGAUUUACAUGAAUAUUUUCGAAGGCGUUUUUGGAUCUUGGUUGGGCAACUAUAGUUGUCCCUUUCAUAAAAAUGGCAUGCAAGACCAGCAAGACCCAACAUUAUCAGUCAGCAUUGCCAGUCUUUGUUACGAAUGCGAUCAAUGGAUGAAAAGAGUGCAGGGCGAGGAAUCCCAAAUACAACUUGAAGAUGCAGCAAGUCCUAGAGAGACUGAGUACGACCAGCAGAUCAAUCGAUCGUUAUUACAAGCAAUCUGCGCUUUUUCUGCCCGAUGGCUGCUCCUUAAAGAUAAUUCAGAAUUAUCACUCAAUGCAUCAUCCAUGGAUAGAAUAGACGAUCUCUGGAGAACGGUACGUCGUGACACACUCAGAGUGAUGAAUCGACCUUGCUACCGUUCCGCCUUGACCUUGUUCAUUUUUGCGUCGACUCCUAUCCCCGCCGGUAUCUCCGAAGAAGAAGAGAGUGAUGGUGUACCAGCUCAAGUCUGUGUCCAAGCGGCAUUACAGCAAGUACUCAAUCUGCGGGCACUUCAACGGAGUAUCGAGUUCAAUGGGUCCAAAGUCUCGCCGAUCCCCCGCUCAUCAAAUUCAAUCACGAGUGGGACGCCAGUAACGAACAGUUUUCUUGGAGUGGAAAGUAUGAUAUAUUGGGCAGCAAUGACGUUUGACACGUCCUCGUCUCUCACCUUGAACACAAAGUCGCUACUAUCUCCAGGGCUUAACCUUGGCAUGGAAUCGGAAUCACCAUGGCGACUAGCUCAAACGUGCACAAAUAUCUUUCAUCAAGAAACCGAAAAUUGGCGAGCACAUGGUGUCUAUAUCACGGAGGAAAUAGCAAAUCAGAUCAUCGCCUCGGCUGCAUCAUACAAGCUAUUUAUCUGGAAAUCAGCAGCUGUCGUGAAAGAGGCUCUUCGAGAGGGAUUAGAGGAGGAAGUUGUGCAAAAAGUAUUUUCAACGGCAGUGGAUGCUGUGGAGCAAUUUAGUCUUACUUAUCGCGAGCUCUUGGCUGGGUGUGAGCGUCGUAUCCAGUUCUUUGGCCAUGAUACCAAGCUACGCUGGUACGAGGUCGUUUUGCAUUACAAUCUCAGCAUACUAAUUAUGCUGAAUGCCAUUGAAAUUGCCGAACGCACGGAUCUAAUGGAAAAAAUGACCGUCGUGAAAGCCAGCGCGGAAGGAACAUUACUCAAUUGCCUUAUAUUUGGGCUUAAUAAUCAGUUUCAUAUUCCACUAUUCAAUAAUGAGCUACGGGAAACCCAAGAAAUGGAAGAUGGAGAACAACAGGGUUCCACUCGAAGCGUGCCUUUGAUUGCAAUCGACCCUUAUCCUCACCAUGUUGUGGCUGCCGUGAGAAUUCUUUGGAAGGCGGUUGAGCGAGAUUUGGAAAAUGACUGUCUUGAUGAAAAAGUCGCCGAGAAAACGCAGGGCAUCCUACUCGAUACGUUAACACUUCUUCCCCAGGCAUCCAAGUCUGUCAACAUGGCACGGCAGCAAGCAGAGGCGUCAUUUCUAGGCCGUCAACAUAACGUCGAAAGCCAAGUUCCGAAUUAG